GGGGCCUCCGUCUCGGGCGUGAGCUAGCGGCUGGUGGGCGCGCCCGCUGCGACGUUGCGGAGGCUUCAAGAUGGCGGAAGCCCUGACAACUCAGGAGCAGCUGGCUGUGGAGGAGUUCCUGAGUGAAGUGCGAAGCAGGGAGCAGCCUCACAGUGCCGGGCUUGUUUCUCAACCUACAGCUGUAAAGUUUCUUAUGGCCCGCAAGUUUGACGUCUGCAGAGCCAUCGACCUCUUCCAAGCAUACAAGAACACAAGAAUCAAAGAGGGCAUCAUCAAUAUCAAUCCUGACGAGGAGCCGCUUCGCUCUGAGCUGCUCAAUGGCAAAUUUACAGUCCUGCCUGGUCGUGAUGCUAAAGGCGCAGCUCUAGCGCUCUUCACUGCUCGUCUCCAUCGCCCAGACGUCACCACCCAUAAAGCUGUGCUUCAGGCCAUCAUCUAUCAGCUGGAUAAAGCCAUAGAGAGUGAACAAACUCAAAGAGAUGGACUCAUAUUUAUCUACGACAUGACCAACUCCAACUAUGGUAACUUUGACUAUGAGCUCUGUGUCAAGAUCCUCAAUUUGCUCAAGGGGGCUUUUCCAGCUCGUCUAAAAUGUGUCUUCAUUGUGUCGUCGCCUCUUUGGUUUCGAGCACCUUUCGCGGUCCUUCGUCUCUUUGUGCGUGAGAAGCUGAGAGAAAGGGUGUGCACGGUGAAAGCUCAUGAGUUAGCCGGUCACAUCCCAGUCUCCUCCCUUCCUGACCACCUGGGUGGGACAUGCCAGUACAGCCACGUGGCCUGGAUCCAGUCCUGUGUUAACGUUCAAACAAACACUGUUGAGGGUGAAACACAAGAACAUGACUCGCACGACUGUGUGGGAAGCCUGCUACGCUCUUACAGCUUGGAGUGCAGCAACACAAGCGCAGGCGCUACACUGUCCUACACCCAUAUAAAUACACAGUUAGGUUCUGAGCUAGCUGUGGCUAACUCUAACUGCUAUGAUGAUAAUAAUGCUAACCCACACAACCACUGCAGUGUGGUGGAGAGCAGGACUCAAGGCCUAGGCCAGUAUCAGCAGAGCCCAAAUUCUGCUGCCAAUAGGGGGAACCACCAACACUGGAACGGCUCAGCUGUGAGCGAAACCAACAUGGCCGUUAGUGGCUCCAGCCCCAAUGCUAACAUGAAUGGUCGUGGUCGCCAAGCCCCUCCCCAGUCAGACACGCCUCCUGACACGCCGCUCUCUCAGAAAGGUGAUGAAAAUGCGUUGGACUGCACAACAACAGACUCAGCCUAUAGACCUCAGGAUGAGGAUGUCAAAGAGGAGGAAGAUGAGGAGGAGGAGGAGGAAGAGGAGGAUGAGGAGGAAGAAGGAGUGCCUCCGUUGCCCCAGAAAUCUCUGCCUCGACCGCCCCACCAGCCUUCCUCUCAGUCCCCGCCACUAUCUUCAUCGUGUGAUCCCGACGAAGACGACCGCUGCAUGUCUCUUCACAUGCCAGAGCAGGGAGGCAUGACGGUGCACGACCUGGUGGAACACGUGAAGAGGAGGAAGAAGAAAGGAAUCUAUCAGGAGUACGAGGAGAUCCGCAAGGAACCACCGGCCGGCUCCUUUGACUACUCCAAACAAUUAUCCAAUCAGAUAAAGAACAGGUACAGUGAUGUCCUCUGCCUGGACCAGUCAAGAGUGCGCCUCUGCCAGCUCUCUGAUGACGAGGAUGAGACGUCAGAUUACAUAAAUGGCAGUUUCAUGGAUGGGUACAAGAGAAGCAAUGCCUACAUUGCAACUCAGGGUCCUUUGCCCAAAACAUUUGGCGACUUCUGGCGCAUGGUGUGGGAGCAGAUGGUACUUAUCAUUGUCAUGACCACCAGGGUGGUGGAGCGUGGACGGGUCAAGUGUGGUCAGUACUGGCCUCUUGAGGAGGGUAGGACUGAGCAGCACGGACACUUCCUGGUCAGGAACACACACAUCCAGGGGUUCCAGGACUUCAAACUCUCCCUUCUUGAACUCUACAACACACAGUCUGGAGAGAGACGGGAGGUGUGUCACUACCUCUACGUCAGCUGGCCGGACUUCGGCGUGCCCAAGUGUGCUUCUGCUAUGCUGGACUUCCGCGAGCACGUACUCGAGAGGAGGGACGCUGCGGUUCAAAGCCUGGGAUCCAGUUGGACGGGACCUCCAGGGGGCCCCCCUGUGGUUGUGCACUGCAGUGCUGGCAUUGGCCGCACAGGUACAUUCUGUACACUGGACAUCUGCCUGUCCAGGCUGGAGGAUAUCGGCACAGUAGAUGUCCGUCAGACGGUGCGGCGGAUGCGUACGCAGAGGGCUUUCAGCAUCCAGACCUGGGACCAGUACUACUUCUGCUACACGGCAGUCAUCGAGUAUGCCCAGCGCCAUGGGAAACUGAGCCCAGUGCAGUGGUCUGACUCAGAAAUAGAGACUGACAGCGAAUGAGGGACACAUGGAACGAUAACGUGACAGAUGGGGUAGCCGACCUUAACUGAAGUCAUAGGAACAAUAUAACACAGAGGAGUGACAUAUCUCAGUGGAAGAGGAGCAUGACUCUUUUGCCAUAAGAGAGACAAAGGAUGGAAAUCUUGUUUUUUACGCUCUCGAUGUGAUGAUGCAGACUCCCACAGUUGCGCUUCCUUUACCGGAGUUGAAACAUGUCGGAGGUUAAGAAAGAAAUACAGGGAUCGUGUGCCGCAUCGCUGAUUGAGCAAGCUGUCCUGCCAAUUUCCAAGCCCAUUUUUUUUUAGCAAGCUACAGGGGGACUCGGACUACCAUGAACCUGUCUUGUUGACAAGAGCGUUGUACGAGUUGUAGCAUUUUUUUAUAUUGACUUGCACAUGAGGAAUGACAAACUUGAACUUACCGCUUGAAGCCCUCCAAACCCCUGUCUUUUUCAGUUUCCUUUUCAGCCCUGAACGAGUCGGUGGUCACAGGAAAACUGUCAGGGGGAUGAGAAGGUGAAACUUGAAAACUUUUGUGUUCUUAUAUUUUUUAAAGAGGAAAUGGUUCCACGUGAACAAUUGGCCAUAUGUGAUGGUCGAUCAGUGUGUGAGCCAUUUAGUCCAUUAAUGUUUUUCUUAUAUUUUCCAUGUUCUUAUUUCUCUGGUGCAUUUUCUACAUAUGUUUCAUGUUUGUGCAUAUGUAGACUAACUUUUCAAAGCCAAAGUCCUCACCCUGAAUGCUUGGAUGUACUCCUUGGUGAAAUAUUAUAGACUGAAGCCCGUGUAUAUUCUUGUAACAUACAUUUAUACAUUAGUGUGCAUUAUAACAACCUCUGAAAGAAGAGCAAAAAAAAGCAGUUUAAUAUAAUUGACUUAUCCUCGAGAAGAAAUAUCUAUGUAGCGAGCCAGGCUAUGACAAAAUAAUGAAGAGUUCUGGUUAGUAAACCAAUAUCAUAAUGCAAAUCUGUGAUUUGUCAGGUCUAACAUCAUUUUACUGUCAGAGCGUUCUGAUUGGACGAUCUUAAGUAAUUUGGCCUUAACUUGAUUCACUGCCUCGUCGUUCUCAGACCUAAACCAUACCUGUAGCUGUAAAGUGUUUUAUUUCCCCUUUUGGUUCUUGUUCCCGUUAGAAUCUCACACCUUUGAAUCCACAACUGUUGUGUUUAAAUCUCAAAGCAGAUUCUGCCUGAGAUAAUUGUGCCUUCAAGUUUUCCUUAGCUCAACGUCUCACUAGAAUAGAAAUAACACCCAAACUAGUGCACUUGCAUAGUUCACAAGGACUAUGUGCCACACAGGACACCCACAUUCUGCCUAUAGUCCUGUACAUAGCACACUACUUAAGAAUAACAUGAGUAGUACGUUAUCUGGGACUAAGCUCUGGUUGGAGACAUGGCUAUUCUUUUAUCAUUUGACCUCAGGGGGUAAUUCUAGUGUUUUUUGCCUAGUGUCACAGAUCCAUUUCUGGUAAAUCUGCCUCUGGUAAAUUAUCAUUUAAGAAAAAAAAAACUAUAUCAAGUUUAUUUUGUAUUUUUUACUGUAUAGUAUUCUGCAAUAUUUAUGUCUUUGUAAAACUUCUACAAUAUUGAAAUCAGUGAAUGUUGGUACGAUGCUACAAAGAAGACAAACCAGUUAAUGCAUUUGAUAAGCUGAACAAAACAGAUGGGGAGUGAAAUAUAUUUUUUGUUGUUCACAUUGAAACUUUAGUGGAAAAAUGUCACUUGCCAUUGUAUUUUCAGAACUGACUUGUAUAAAUGGUGAUUGUUUGAUUCCAGGACUAUAUGGGGGUCGGUGUUGCUUUAGGGGCUUGUUAGUCUCUUCAGUAACAGUGACAUGAACGUCUUACUGUCUGGUACCUAAUGCCAAGGAUUUAACAAAACAAAAAAAAAAGCUAUCAAAGAAGAUAACAAAGAGAAGUGGCUAAUGCUUCUGCUCCCUGCAAAGUCCCAGCUUGGUGUCAGGAAGUUAAAACAAAGUAUUGAGAAUGGGUUGAGGUUUUUCAGCAUGGUCAGAGAGCCUUGAAUGUUUUCGGGGUAACGGUGUCCAAGCAAUUUUGUCGAGACAGAUGUGGAUAUUUCUGGUGAAUGUGGACCCUGCAUCCCUCAAUGCCAAAGGCCCAGGCUCACCCUACACAUGUUCUCCUGUCACACAUCCUCAGCAGCCCACUAGCAUGGACCUAUCAGUGCAGCCUUGCAUCCACGGACUGACUCGGGAGCAUUACUGAAGAUUAUGUAUAGCUACAAAAUACGAGAGUGUGUAUGUAAAACGAGUUUUGGUCAUGCUGUUUUUGAUUUGUUUUGUGAGAAACAGAAUACAAUGUGCAUUUGUCAUUGUUGUUGAGUUAAUGUUUCUUUUUGUGAUCUAAGUUCUUGUGAUUGAAUUAUGGCCUUUUACAUGCUGUCAGCGCGGCUGUCCCAUUAAAGCAAUGGUAUUACUAUCUUAAACAA